AUGCGAAUGGGCAUGCGAAUCCUACGCUGGGGCUCAUCCCGCACCUCCAAACGAGGGGGAGCUUUUUCGGGUGGUUUCGCUCGAGGCGCGUUCACCACGUCGGAGCUCCUCCAGCUGCUCAUCUCACCUGUGGGGCUGCUCGGGCGCCAAACCAACCUUCCCAUCCUCAGGAAAACAAAACAAAACCAACCCAAUAUCAAUCCCAAACAGGACAUUGGUACUGAAGGGGCUAUUGGUGCCAAACAGGACAUUGGUACUGAAGGGGAAAUGGAUCACAAAGGGGGACCCCGUGGGGAGGAGGCUCCGCCGCGCGGGAGGAGCUUCUUCGGGCGGCUGUUCACAGUGGAGGCGGCGGGGUGGGUGGGGGCGAUCUUCGCCGCCUCGGCCCUGUGGGAAGUGCUGCGAGCGAACCACGGGCUGGUCGGGGAGAAGAUCAAGCAUCUCUUCUUUACCACCCUCGAGGUUCGCUCCUCACGGGCGGAGUUCGCAUGGAUUGUGGAUUGGAUGAGCCGGCAGCCGGAGGGGCGGCACGCGCGGAAUCUCACGCUGAGGCCGAUCUCCGUCGUGGACGAACGGUACAGAGGGGGUGAGGAGGGGGUAGAGGAGAAUUCUGAUGAGGGUGGCCGGGCCGUCCUCGUUCCGGGCUACGGCAGCCAUUUUUUCACCUUUCGCGCGACCCCGAUGUGGAUUUCCCGCCGGCCUGACCCCGUUAAAUCGCGCAAACCCACCUCACACGUUCUCGACCGCGAGGACGACGUCCUGGUCCUCACGAUGCUCACCCGCCGCCGGGAGGUUUUGGAGGACUUCCUCACCGCCGUGAGAUCCUCCUGGCGGGCGUACGUCCGGAGGUGGGUCCAAAUCUACGUCGCAGAUCACUACGGGGGGUGGGUUUUACUGACAGAGCGCUCUCUUCGCCCGCUCUCAACGUUGUUUUUGCCUGAAACGAUCCACGCCGUCGUGGAGGAAGUCCGGGCAUUUUUAACGCUGCGCGAGUUGUAUGCUGGCCUGGGGAUUCCUUGGCGGCGGGGGUACCUUUUUGAGGGGCCCCCGGGGACGGGGAAGUCGAGCUUCGCGAUGGCCCUUGCGGGAGAGCUUCGUUUGCCGAUUUACCUCCUCUCCUUGCGAGGCCGCGGCCUCUCCGAUGAUGGGCUGCUCCACCGCAUCGGGUUAUUACCCCCGAGGUGUAUUUUGUUGAUCGAGGACUUCGAAAACGCGAUUCGGACAGAAGGGAAAGGAGCUUCAGCGGAGCUCGCGAACACCGGCAACGCGGCGAUCUCGUUGAGCGGGUUUUUAAACACUAUCGACGGGGUCGCGAGCGGGGAGGGGCGGAUUUUGAUCAUGACAACCAACGACGCGGCGAAGAUACCGGCACCGGAGGCGGUUUUACGCCCCGGGCGCGUCGAUCGGCGCGUCGUCUUUCCGAGAAUCCACCCGUCAGAAAUGGAAAAGAUGCGGGGCUCUUUUGAGGAGGCCGUGCACCGUCUUCCGAUGGGGAAAGAAGGCGAAGUUGAGGACCAAAAAGACUCGAAAAGCGAUCUCGUCUGUGAGGAAUCACUACAAAGUAAUCUCAACAGCCCUGGGGGUGCCGCCACACCAGCGGAGUUCCAGCAGGAGCUGCUCAAUCGAGUUUACGCAACCUUACUGCAGAAGAUUCAAUCCGAUAAAAAAAAUUUGAUGAGUUUUGCCAAUUCACAAGAAGUUGAAUUAAACGAUCAGUGA